AUGGUUUGGCUGAAGAAAACGGUCCUCGUGGCCGCCGUGUCUUUGUCCGGCAUUGCUCAGGCCCAGAACACCACUUCGUCCGACCUCGAGAGCAGCACCUUCUCGUUCACCAACAGCAGCUCGACUCUGAGCAGCACCUCCAGCCACAGCUCCACUUCUGGAACCGUCAGCCUCACUUCCACCUCCACUGGUAGCCAGAGCGAGUCUUCUACGUCCACCGGCGCGGCUCCGGCCUCUACCAGCGGUAGCGUGACCCCCAGCGUCAGCGUGACCCCGGCCCAGAGCUCUACUGGCGGCGCUGGUGCUAGCUCCUCUGCCCCUGGAGCCAGCAGCUCUGCCCCUGGAGCCAGCAGCUCUGCUCCGGGCGCUAGCAGCUCUGCCCCGGGAGCUAGCAGCUCUGCCCCGGGAGCUAGCAGCUCUGCCCCGGGAGCUAGCAGUCAGGCCCCGCCGGCCAGCAGCCCUGCCGGCUCCUCUCCCGGUGGCGGCGGCGCCGCUUCGACCCCCGCUUCCUCGGGCGGAUCCACUCCGUCUUCCGUUCGGUCUGCGAGCGCUUCGGCGUCGGCCUCCAGCGCCCCCGGCGGAAGCAUCGCCGUGCUCAGCCCCAAUCCCCAGCCCUUUAACAACUUCUUGAACAUUCAGCCCGGUGAGGCCAUCGUGUCCACGCUCACGAUCAAUGGACAGCAGGUCGACUUUGUCAUCGUUUCCCAGGGCUGCAGAGGUGUGCCCGCCGGACAGUCGCCGUUCGCCGAUGGAACCGGUGCUGAGCCUGGCACCGCCUUCACUCCCGGUUCUUGUGCGUCGACUUGCGCGGGCAAGAGCCUCUCCAUGUCUGGAUCCCAGCGUGGUAUCUGCAACUGCGGUAACACGUUGAGAACCGACCUCCCCCUCAUCGACCCCUCGCAGUGCAGGGCUUCCAACAACGCCAAGCGCCAGACCGGAACCUUCGACCCCGUCCCCAUUGCGCAGGCUAUUCCCGCCAGCCAGGUCGCCAUCCAGCAGGCCAGUGUCACCCUCUCGCAGUCUUCCCUCCCUGUCGUAGCCGUCAACACCGCGCCUCCUGGAGCGUCUGUUCCUGCCAGCACGGCCGCCGGUGGAUCUUCUACUGGAUCUUCCGCUGCUACUUCUCGUGCGUCGACUGGCUCCUCCGCUGCUUCCACUGGUGCCGGUGCUUCUACUGGUGCGUCUGCGGGCUCUUCUGCCGGUGCUUCUACUGGUGCGUCUGCGGGCUCUUCUGCUGGUGCUUCCACCGGUGCUUCUUCUGCUGGUGCUACCCCCGCUUCCUCCGCCGGCAGCAGCCCCGCCGUCUCCUCUCCCGCAGCAGCCAGCGCCACUGACUUCAUUCUCGCAAUUGUCGGUGGCCGUGCCCCCAGCUCUUCCGUCUCCAGCUCGGCCUCGUCUUCGCGCGCCUCGUCCUCUAGCGCCAGCUCUGCUUCCUCCAGCUCCGCCGCCUCCAGCAGCUCCUCAAGCUCUCGUGCUUCCAGCUCGUCUGCCUCCAGCGCUUCCAGUGCCUCCGCCUCUUCUGCCUCUUCUGCCUCCUCCAGCUCUGCCGCUGCCGUGUCCAGCUCUUCUGCUGCUUCAAGCUCCCCGAUCAUCACUAUCCCCACCUCAAGCCUGUCCAUCACUUCUCCUCCGGUCAGCGUUCCUUCCACCAGCACGUUCAACUUCGCCAACACCACUUCUAUCCAGCCUCCCGUCAAGCGUGCCAUCCUCAAGCGCAAGAUCGAGGAGGUCGCGAAGCGUCAGACUGGUGCCGUCACCUACGUCGGUCGUGUCGGCAGCCCGAACCCCACCAAUUGCCAGCAGGCUUCCGUCUUCAGGCUCGGCGCCUCCGGCACUCUCACCAUCGACGGCGCCGCUUUCGGUAUCAACCCCGGUGUUGUCUUCGCCCCGCUCCGCACCGGGCAGACUGGAUCCAUCGUUGCUACCUUCACCGCCGUCACCGGCAGCGGUUUCGCCUGGACCAACCCUUCGUUCUUCGGCGGUCAGGCUGGCUUCUGCCAGGACGCCACUGGCCAGGUCUAUGCCACCUUCGCCAACCCUGCCAUUGCUGGAAACGUCCCCAGCGGCUGCACGACUGUCUCGUUCAACGUCGUCCCCAGCUCUCAGUGCUUGCAAACCGGAAGCACCACGACCGGUCCCUCCACCACGCCCGUCAUUCCUACCAGCGGCGUUCCUACGUCUGGCGUUAUCCCUACUAGCGGCGUUGUCCCCACCUCCGGAGUCGUCCCCACCUCCGGAGUCGUCCCCACCUCCGGAGUCGUCCCCACCUCCGGAGUCGUUCCUACUUCCGGCACCAACCCAUCCGGCACCGGCGCCACCACCAUUGUCGGUCCCUCUGGCACCACCAUUGUUGGCCCAUCCGGCACUACCAUCAUUGGUCCCUCUGGCACCUCUGUCGUCGGCCCGUCUGGCACCGACACCGGCGCUACAGCUACCAGCUCUGGAGCCGUCACCACCGUCGCCCCCAACCCUGGUACCAUUGGAGACUACGCCUCCCUGGGUUGCUUCAGCUCCGGCGGCGGCUUCCCCUCGUUCCUCUUGGUCAAGCAGGACAACGCCCUCACCAUCGACAGCUGUAUCGCCGCCUGCGGUGGAAGCAAGCUCAUUGGUGUCUUCGGCACUGACUGCUACUGCGGAAGCUUCAUCGACAACACCCAGACCCAGCAGGUCUCCGAGAACCAGUGCAACACCCAGUGCCCUGGUAACCCUCUCCAGCGCUGCGGUGGUCGCUCCUCGGUGGCCAAGCGCCAGGCUGUUCCUGCAGGCGUUCUCCUGAGCAUCUACAUUCGCAUCGACGCCGGAUCCAUCUCCACUGUCGUCAGCGUCAGUGUCAGCGCCGGCAUCGACACCACCGCCUCCUUCACCUUCAGCACCGUCAUCACCAACCCCGGUGUCACCGGCACUGGCCUGGUGCCCUCCCAGACCCCCAACGUCGCCGGCACCCUCACCCUGCCCCCCGGCCUUUACACCGAGGGCCAGCCCACCCCGACCGGCGAGUUCUGCCGCAUCACCACGGGCUCCUGGUACAUCGGGUCGACCACCCUCCUCCCCUUCCCUCUGCCCACGGCCUGA